AUGAAUACCAGACGGAAGAAGCAGAAGACCUCUUCUCGUGCAUGUUUUUAUGCCUUACCCCAAGAAUUGAUCCCAGAAAUACUCAAAAGAUUACCCAUAAAAUCUCUGCUAAGAUUCAAAUCAAUAAGCAAAGAUUGGAAUUCUCUAAUCAGGGAUCCUACCUUCACCAAAUCCCAACUACAACAUCAGCUUCCAACACCUUAUUUUUCACAACCUAAUCUCGUCAUUGGACCACAUACUAAUCUAUCCAGCUUUAUUAUUGAUGAUAAAAGUACUAGGAACUUCAAAGGCAAAUAUGUACCAGUAUCUCCUAAGUUCAUUGAAACAAACUUUAUUGAAGGUACAGAAUUUGAUAUUCUUGGAUCUUGUAAUGGGAUUAUACUAUGCAUCUACGUUCGUAACACCUGUAAAAACUUGUAUGUUUGGAAUCCCACCAUUAACGAAUAUAGGAAUAUCCCAUUGCCUUACUCGAGCUUUUCCUCGAGCUUUUCUUCAAGGAAUCUUUCUAGGAAUCUUUUGUUAUCUGGGUUAGGCUAUGCUUCAGCAAUCAACGACUACAAAAUCGUAUUCGUAGUGAAGGUCAAAUCAAGUUCAACAACAAACAUAUGCGUACAUGUAUACUCAUUGCGGCACAAUAAGUGGAGCCAAUUCGAUAUCUCUCAUGUUAUAGGGCCGUCUGAAAUUCACUUGUAUGCUAACAGUAUGGCUAUGGAGGCACUUUUAUUUAAUGAUGCAUUAUAUUGGGUUGAGGACUCUAAUAAUGAAUGGCUUCUUAAAUUUGAUAUGCUCAAUGAAACUUUUGAGAGGGUGAUUGAUCUAAAAUCUUUCCACAACAUGGAAGCUUGUCGCGGUUCAUGUCUAAAUGAUAUCAAAAACAUGUCAAAUAAUGUGAAUCUGCGCAUGCGGGAGUUAAAUGUUGAAAACUCUCGUUUGAAGAAGACGCACUUUGUAAAACAAAAAGUUCGUGUCAAUGGUAAAAUUAUGAUCCUUCCGCACUUGCUUGUGACAAUUGGAUAUUUGCCUAUGUUCUAUUCACGUCGAACAAUUCAAGUCAUGGAAGAUGAUUUCUGCCUUGGGGUGAACUACGUUCAAACUCUAAUAUCUCCUAAUUUGUUUUGUAUUAAUUUUUGA